GAGCGCCUCAGCGUUGAAGGUGUAGAGUCGGACCCAUGGGAGCUCAAGUCAGAGGAUCGUGUAGAAUUUGGCAUAGACAUCGUUGGAGAAGAUAACAAGACCAUUAUCCAUCACAAAGUGGCUGCAACUGUAUACUGCGUCAUCACCCCCGACGACUGGGCAAUGCUACCUAUCCACCAUUCUCAACAUCCUGGUCUUGGCAACAACUUCCAUCUCGGCCCUCAACAACGACGACCUUCCAUACAGCAACUCCCGAGCCCUGGAGGGCUGGGUGGGAUGGGUGGCCCUGGUUUGGGUCUGGCUGGCCGUGCUGGAAAGAGCGGGCUGUCCUUCGACCACAUCCUCAACCGUCUGCAGUCCGAACUGCAAAAGAGCCGGGAAGCUGGCUCUGACUUGUCAGGCCUUACUGGAACUAUGAAUGAGAUAAAUGAAUCCUUUCAAGGCGGUAGCCAUCCUCCCACUAACCUUCAUCAAUCAAUUCCUCCCGUCCGCCCCCCUCCAACCGAAUCGCAACCUCCGCCCGUUGAUUCCAAUGUCUCAUUAUCCUCCCUCCACACUCAACUCGCCCAGACACAGUCUAACCUCGCCUCCCACGUCGAAAAACUGCAUUCGCUUGAGAGCGUCAUCGCUGACCACCAACAAAUGAAGCUCGAGGUUCAGCACAUGCGGGAGCUCAUGGAACAGCGGCAGCGUGACAUGGAAUCGUUGGUGCCAUCUUUCCACUCUUCGAAAGUCAACCACCACGUGCACGUUGAUGACGACGAUGAUCGCCGUAGCAUCCUCACACUGGUGCCAGAAUCUUCUGGAUCUGGUGCCCUAGUGUCUUCCACUGCCGAUCGUGAUCAUGAUGACGAUGAACGUGGCCGUUCGGAAGCCAUUCGGCCUCGUACCCCUGAACCCCACGGCCUUGACGAGGAUGAGGAUGACGCCCACGAUGGUCUGCACCGCUUUGACAACCCCGUUACACGACAUUCCCCUACCCCUAACUUCAAUGCUGGAUACCCAGGCCAAGCACCACAUACCCCCGACGACCUUCGGUCCCAAAAUGCCCAGCUCGCCUCACGGCUUGAGGCCCUCACAAGUCAACUUGACACCGCUCUCUCUCUCUCCCAAUCCCUUCAGCAGCAGGCCGAGGCCGCCCAAUUUAAUCUCGAACGACUGCAGGCCCGUGUCGAAUCGUUGGAGGCCGUUAUCGAAGCCAAAAACGAGCAGGAACGACAGCAGCAACCACCCCAACCCGAGCCCGAGCCCCCAUGCGUUCCAGUCGAGGAGACCAAGGAGGAGACUCCGGCCGUUGGACUCGAUGUCUGGGAGGCAUGGACCCAGCGUGUUGAGGGACAAUGGAAGGUGGAACGUGAGGAAUGGGAUAACGAGCGUCUUCGUCUCAAGGAGGCCGCUCGUGAAUGGGAAGCACGGAUGUGUGCUAUGGAGUCGCGCGAGGAGGAGCGUGUCAAGGAGGGAAAAAGCAUUCUCGAUGCUAUCAAGCUUGAGAGGGAGGCCGAAUUGAAAGCGUGGUCCUCGUCGGGGAGUGAUAUAGCCGUCGUGGACCAACCCAACUACCAGAAGAGGCCGUUAGUCAAUGGGAUGUUGAAGCACCUUACAAAAAAGCGAAGUGGGAGUUCGUCGAGUUCGUCCUCGAAAGUUCGCAAAAGGAAAGUGAAGCGUCCUAUCCCAGUUGCUACCCCACCGCGCUCGCCUGACUUAAACGGUGAGAUACACUCAGUUGAACACUCUUCGGAAGAAGGUUCGGGCUCGCGAUCAAAUUCUCCUGCACCUCCUGGUAAUCUUAAACCGUUUCCGUCGGAGGUUCGAAUGAACGGGCACGCUAAGUUUGGGUCGUUCCCAAUCAGUCCCGCACCCAGCGUACGUAAUACAGGGCCACGAUCAGCUUCAGCCGGUAGCGAAAUUGACACUGGAGAAGAAGGGCAUCGGCAACGCGACAUCACACCAGGCUCGGGUCCACCUCCAACAAUAGUCAAGGUUAAUAGCACGUCUUCGAAGCAGUUGGGAAAUAAUCCGUUACCGCUCGUGUCAGCCGCGGGCGUUGUCUUUAUUGGGGUCGCUGCAUGGGUGGUUGCAAAUCGAAUGAAAGAUUAACGCGAAGGGUAUUUACAUGACCGGAGGCAUUUCACUGUUCCCUUUCGUCCACUUUCGACCUCAUGGCAAUCGCAUGUCAUUUUCCAAAAAUCACUUAUUCGCUUCUUAUGACAUGCGAGCUCCUCUUCCCUAUCGUAGCUUUCUUUUGCAUGCACUGCGUUAACUUCCGCACUCAUCACGACCCUGUUGACCAUUUCGUUGGUUACUAUUACGCCUUCCCUUUAAGACUUUUUCCUCUGUUCCGAAUCCUACUAUGUUACGACACUAUGUAUUUUCUUAUCGCAUCCUCGACCUUGCAAUUCACUUUUAAUAGCCUAAUCCCCCUCCCCCUCCAUAUCGGGUUUGAAUGGAGAGAUUUUUGAGUGCGUUGCCGUCGUUGUUCGAUGUAGCUCUGAUGUAUUGAGUGGUGAUGAUUUGCUGACGAAAGCGCCAAAUGUCAGUCCAAAUAACCGCUCCGAAAACAUCC